UUUAGUGUUAUUGAAUAAACCAACGAAUUAACAUUAAAAUUAAAUUUGCUAUAAAUAUAAUAGAGAAAUAACGUAGUCUUAAUUACAAAUUAUAGGACUCUACAAGGAAUAUCAUUAAAAACUUUCUUACAAAAAUGUCAGUCGACAAUUUUGAUACAUUAAGUAAUAAGGAGUUAUACACAAAAUGUACAGAAUAUGGACUGUCAAAUAUACCUGUUACAAACAGCAGUCGAGGCAUUAUUUUAAAAAGAUUGCGCGCUGCUUUCUCCGAAACAUCUAAGAAUGUAUCCAAAGUACAAGAGACAACAGCAAGAGAUCAUGACAGACUGCGUACAUCGAUCCCUACAAAAACAAAUCACACAAAGAUAAGCAACACCACAGAUCUAGUAUCUGACAUAAGUAACAAUUCUGUGGUAACAGCAACAAAAAGCACUGAAAACAAUGGGUUCACUUUCAAUACUUUGCAAGAUGAACAUAUUAACGCAGAUUUAAAAAGAAAAGAAAAAGACAAGAAAGGAUCCCAUGAACAAAUUAUAACAACCAUAGGGUCCAAAGGAUUCUAUGGAACAUCCAAGGAUGAAUCCAAACUACCUUAUGUAUCGACUGCUACUAAAACAAAUCAAAUCAAAAUAACUAAUACUACGAAACAAGAAUCCGACUUAAGUAGCAACUGUAUGCCAACAGAAAAAAAUAAUAACACUAAAGACCAUGUGUUUUUAGCAUCUAAGAUCUAUGGCACAUCUAAGAAUAAAUCCAUAGUUCAACAAAGAACAGCAGAUCGUGACAUAUUACACGAAUCAACUCCUAUUAAACUAAAUCAAUCGAAGAUAAGCAAUACUACAGUACAAGCAUCUGAUUUAGGUAGCAAGCCUGUGUCAACAGCAAAAAAUAACACUGACGACUAUGUAUUCAAUUUUUUUAAUUUCCAACAUAGUCAGGCUAACACAGGUGUAACUACUAAUGUUCACAAAGACGACAAAGCAUUUAAUCAACACAUUAAAACAACCACCACAAACACUAAAUCCAAAGAUUUUUAUCGAACAUCUGAAAAUAAAUCAAAAAUACAAGACACAACAACAGAUCGUGACAAUAUACACGAAUCAACUCUAACUAAAACAAAGAUAAGCAAUAAUGAAAAGCAAGUUCCCGACUUAAGUAACAACAAGUUCCCUGUGUCAACAAGCAACAAUAACACUGAAGACAAUGUUUUCACAUUUAAUACUUUGCAACAUAAUCAUACUGGAACAGCUUUAAGUGUUAUUAAUCAAAAAGUCAACCAAGGAUCCUAUGAACACAUUAUGACAACCAUCCCAACUGCAGGAUCUAAACUCCAUACAAUCAAUACUUCCAACGUUAAUGAAAAAUUACAUGGUUUGAUACAUUCAGGAUCGAAAUUCAAAACAUUCAAUAAUAUUUACGUUAAACCAAUUAUUAACGAAGAUGCGAAAUCACAUGAUCACUUAGGCUCAAGAUCGAAACUUAAUACUUUCUAUAAAGCUCAUCCAGAUAUAGGUGAAGAUGUGAAAUCACAAGGUUUUAAAAUUUUAAAAGGUUCCGUCUCCCUAACUAAGUCGGCAGUUUUAACAACUUCCUAUCACCAAGAAGCAUCAUUACGAGGAAAAUUAAUUGAAAGUUAUGAUAUUAGAAACAAUAAAGAUGCUCAAGCACGUCGUGUGGAAAGAAUCGAAUCUCUUAAAAGUAAAUAUAAUUCUGGGACCAUAACUCAAAAUUUCUCUAAUGAUCCACUUGAAGAGAAACCGAAAAUUGAACUUAAAGUGCAGAAAUCAAUACAAACUUACCUCCAUGAUUUUGAUGCACAGAAAUAUAUCAAUUCUUCCUCAAAAAAUAUAAGUAGUCAUAGUAACUCAACCCCUUUGAAAUAUCUAAGUGAUUUGAAGUUCGGUUCUGUUUCAUCAUCCAAAAUACAGUUUGAUUACACGACACCUGCGAAAAAACCACAAAUCCUUAAACUAAAUAUAUUACGCCCAAAUAUAACUGAAGCAACUACAACAAAUCCAGAAUAUAUUACCAAAGGGCAUCAUCCAUAUGUCACAACACGUAGACGUGAAUCCACUACUUUUAAUGCUCAACAGAAAUAUCCUACAGAUUGUGAAUAUGUUGAAAGCCAAAGUAAUGAGAAUUACUUGACAAGGACCUUCAGCAGCUUUUUACCACGCAUUGUUCGAUCGACUUUACGUCAUCUAGAAACUGAAUGUACUAAUAAUACAUUUGAUGAUGAUGAGGCAAGACAUCGAUUUAUUCAAACAUUGCAACAAAAUAUUUUUAAACAGAGCCUGGCCUUUAUUAUGGGAUUUGUAUUGGCUGCAUUUAUUUAUGUUUAUAUAAUGUAGCUGUCACGAUACACAGUAUUAUCACAGUAUUAUAUUUUUAUCAGAUUUUUUAGAUAAACUCACAUAAUUUUAGUGGCACAUUUAUUUAUCUUCUUUUUUUAUUCACAACUGCAAGAAUAUUGAUUUAUUUUUAAAUUGUUAUAUUAAUUAUAUUAUUGUACUAUUUUGAUUUGUUAAU